AUGAGCCUCUUCGCACCGUCGAAUACCCUCACGAGAGUCACAACCAGGAGCUCGCGCGUAGUCCAGCCCUCAGAGUCUGCUCGACUGCUCAUGGCCUCACUGCUCGCCAACUCUCAGCGGCACGUCGACGGCGUCACACCCUCCAUCUACACCCACCCGAUCCAAGGCACCCCAGGCGACUACGCCUACGACAAUCUUCGGAAUUGGUGUCCGCUAACCCAUUCCCAAUGGAGAGACUCAAAGGGUAGGGUACUGCCGUACCAUUGUGUGCAAGAAGCGCACGUCGUGAGCAAAUCGUUGAACCCAGACGAUAAAGCUCGUUUGGAAGUGGCUUGGGGCCUUAGACCGGGGCAGUUCGAUUUCAAUGGGCCGCUCAACACAAUUCCAUUACGAGCAAAUUGGCACGUACGCUUCGACAAGAAGGAAUGGGUCUUUCUCCCCUCCGACCCAAUCCUCGGCCUCAUCAGCAAAGCCAGCCGAGAUAACCUAGUCAAGAAGGACGCCAGAGUAGCCGCUGACCAAGGGUGCCCUUUAGUAGCGGAGGAUGGAGGGCUCAUAUACAAGACUUACGACUAUCUGGUCAUACCUUUCGGACGUUCGAGCCGUACGACCGAGCUUCUUCGUAUGAAUUUCAAGGAUGGACUGCAGUACGUCGAGCUUGACGAGACGGAUCACACUGUCUACAAACCGACCGAAUACAUGCACUGGCCCACCAUCACGUCGACCGUCCAUCCCUUCGCGAUGAUAUGGAAAGCCGUUACCGAAUUUGGCCUCGGCACACCUCUAGAAGAACUCCUCGUCGAAGACCAUAGGGGUCUCAUGUUUCAGGCUCGGCAGAUCUACAAACGCUGGAUGUCGUAUGCCGACGCUCAUCCACACCUUUUGUCGCCCCACCUCAGUGACCUCGAUCCCUCGCCUCCCUCCAAUCGCGGUAGUCGCAGAUCAGGAAAAUCCUCAGGGCGAAAACGUACGCGUACGGAUAGCGAUGAUGGUUCCGUUCGUAAUCGGCCUAGGAAUGGCUCAGCUCCCAGUAAACGUGCUCGAAACGAGCCCGGUGACGUCGACCGCGUUCCCAGUCUGAUCAUCAACUCGGAAGACUGCUGUACCUUAUCUUCCUACCAUCUGGCAUCCCCGAGUAUCAUUGAUCGUCCGGUACGUGUAGCGGCAGAGGUCGAGGAAGACUCCGACGACGAUGACGAUGAAUAUCGCCCUUCGGCCCUCCAGCCCCAGAGGAAGUUCAACCUCGCUGAUUGGGCGAAGACGGCUUCGGUGCAGGCAGAGUCAGUCAUUGAAGGCAAAUGCCCUUCUGAUGCCAACGUUUUCGAGCAGCCACGGAAACCUCCUCCCGGCCCGUGGAAGCUCUGGCCUCCUGACUAUGCGCAUGUGUAGGUUUCCGGGUCGCGUCGUGAGUGGCAUCAGUAGAUGGGUUGGGAGCUGUAUAACGCGUCUUGCUGUCCUUGCUUUUGCUGUCCGUCUGCUUUAACAUGUUUUGUUUACACUCAUGGUUUGUUACCGAGUCCCUAAUCCUCGCCCUCGAUUCUUUUCGGUCAACAGUACUAUAUAACAUUCGUCUCCGAGUCAUUCUCAUUGCACAAACUGUCCUGUAGCGCGAUGUCUACCUCUCGCUUGAGGGAGGUCCCUCAAAAAUCCUCUUAGCUAUAUUCAUCAUUGCGUUCUGUAUUUUUAAAGUAGCGCACCAUCGUGCCAUCGUCACUACUUAUUGACAAUCAUGUUUUUC